UAAUAAUCAUUUCAAUUGAUCACUGAUUUCAACAGCAUCAUUUAAAAAUGGGUUUGACUCAUUUCAUUAUUGUUUUAAUUUGUUUUAGCUGCAUACAUAUUAGUUAUGCAGAAGUAAGUUUAACCUUUAAUGGGUUAGAAGCUGUUAUUAAGAACGACUAUUUGACCUUAAACUUUAGGAAUAAUUCCAGAAUUAGAUCAUUAUAUGUAGGAGAUACUAAUAUUAUACACCGCAGUAGCAAUAGUUUCUAUAUGGAUUGGAUGAAAAGUACACAUAUAUUCUUCAAGCCAACAAGCGUUCAUGUUGUCGAAAAUACCACUUCCAGAGUCCACUUUUACUGGCUUCAAGAUCAAUUAGAAGACGAAUAUACAAUGGAAAUGCAUUAUAUUAUGACCGAUGAUCUAAGCGGCAUAUAUUGUUACGUAAAAGUGAUUAAUGAUAAAGAGUUGAACUUUACUACUGCAGAAAGCAGAAUGGUCUAUCGAUAUAAUGCUACAAUCCUGACACAAGGUACUAAUCAAGAAAGGAGUGGUACUAUUCCAAAUGGUCGUGAAUUAAAAAACUGUACAUCCGUUCAAGACGCUACAUGUCGAUUUCCCAAUGGUACUUAUUAUACCAAAUACGAUUACGCCGCAUACAUAAAACAAACCAACUACCAAGGGCUUUAUGGUAAUGGACAUGGAGCCUUUCUAAUUUCUCCCAGCAGGGAGUACCAUAGUGGUGGACCUUUGCGACAAGACAUUACUGUCCAUGAAGAAUGUCUAAUAACAAACUAUUUUAGUAGCACACAUUUUGGUUCAAGCGUGGUUCGUGGUCCACUGGGAUGGACUCACAUUUAUGGACCAUUCUUACAUUACUACCCUACUGGAACAAGUGAUGAUGAUAUCAUGUCUAAAGUAGUCAAGCAGGUUGAAAUUGAAAAAGCAAGUUGGCCAUAUUCAUGGAUGAAUGAUACCGAGUACCCGUUAGAAAGGGCACAGGUUAGUGGAUCAGUGAGUGGCCAAAGUAACGCAACCAUCGUAAUAUGGGAUUCUUUGGACGAAGAGUUUGAUGAUAAUAGUUACGGCUAUUUAUACACUACAAAUACUGACGCUGAGGGAAAUUAUAUUAUCAAGAAUAUUCGUCCUGGUACCUAUAGGAUGGCAGCAUUUCCACGUGCUGGAUUAGGUACAGAUAGCUUGGACGAGACUAAUGUAACUUUAGAAGCAAAUGAAAACGCAAAAGUGAACUUCGCUCUUGAGGAACCUACCGAUAUAUUGUGGUCUAUUGGUGAAGCGAACCGACUUUCCAGUGAGUUUAAAUAUUCAAAUGAAUUGCGUAACUACCAAUGGGAAUGGAAGCCACCUGCAACUUUAAACUUUACCAUUGGCCAAAGUAACCCUGCAGAAGACUGGUAUUACGCUCAAUCCCUAGCAGGGCACUGGUAUAUUAUAUAUGAAGAUACCAAUGAUAAUAAGGAUAGGAUACUUCGAUUAGGAAUAGCCGGAUCUACAAAAAGUCAUCUACAAGUUCUUGUUAAUGGCAAAAGAGUUGCUAAUCUCUAUUUUAAAAAUGACAGCUCUGUUUAUAGGAGUGCUACACAAAGUGGUAAAUACCACUCACAAGUUAUAACUAUACCAAGCUCUUAUGUGGUUACUGGCAAUAAUACUAUUCAUCUUUGGCUUAGUCAAGGACAAAUUAUGUACGAUUGUAUUAGUUUACAAACAGGUCAAUAAAUAAAAGAGGCGAGUAAGAAAAAGAGUUAUAAAAAGAAGAAAAAAAGUUUAAUAAACUGUUGGUUGUUUAUUUUUUAGCAUAGAUAAGUCUUAUAUAGACUUAGUCUUAUAUUUAAAAAAAACAUUUGUGUUAUAAAUUUAUGUAAGUAAAUAUAAAAAUGUAAAUAAAAUAAAUAAAUUAUUAGAUUUUCAUUUAAAAA